AUGUGGCAUUCGUUCAGACACAAUAACAGUGCUUUCCCUUUUUUUAGAUUCACAAAGAACCUUUCCCCCGACAAGAUCAAUCUUAGCACCCUUAAAGGAGAAGGUCAGCUGACCAACCUGGAGCUGGAUGAAGAUGUGCUGCAGAACAUGCUGGACCUCCCCACCUGGCUCUCCAUCAACAAAGUGUUCUGCAACAAAGCUGCUAUUCGGAUACCAUGGACUAAGCUGAAGACUCACCCAAUAAGUCUGUCUUUGGACAAAGUCAUCAUGGAAAUGAGCACAUGUGAGGAGCCACGUGCGUGUAAUGGACCCUCGCCAUUGGUCACUGCUUCAGGGCAAAGUGAAUAUGGUUUUGCAGAGAAAGUAGUAGAAGGAAUCUCCCUGUCUGUCAAUUCCAUCAUCAUCCGCAUGAAAGCCAAGGCAUUCAAUGCUUCAUUUGAGUUGUCCCAGCUAAGAAUAUUCAGUGUCAAUGCCAACUGGCAACAUAGUGAUCUGCGCUUCACUCGAAUACAAGACCCGCAGCAUGGAGAGGUGUUGACAUUUAAAGAGAUAAACUGGCAGAUGAUUCGGAUAGAAGCAGACGCCAUCCAGAGUUCCGAUCAUGAAAUAAUGAGCGCCCCUGUCCGUCUUAUCACCAACCAGUCCAAAAUUAAAGUCACGCUGAAGAGGAGACUUAAAGACUGUAAUGUGGUGGCCUCGAAGCUGGUGCUGAUCCUGGAUGACUUAUUGUGGGUGCUGACGGACUCGCAGUUGAAGGCAAUGGUUCAAUAUGCUAAAUCUCUUAGCGAAGCAAUAGAAAAGUCAACAGAGCAAAGGAAAAGCAUGGCCAGAACCGCAGAGCCCACACAGAGCUGGACACCUCCUACAAGCUCCCAACAGGUGAAGACCCAACAGUCCACCACAACCCCUGAGCAGAACCAGGCCAUCCUAAAGCUGUUCCGAGACUUCGAUGUGAAGGAAACCUCCUAUCACCUAAUCAUCUCCCAUCUGGACCUGCACAUCUGUGAUGACAUUCACUCCAAGGAGAAAGCGUCGGACCGGAGGAUCACUGGGGGCGCCAUGCAGUUAUCCUUUAGUCACCUGACCGUUGACUACUAUCCUUAUCACAGAGAAGAGGACAGCUGCUGCCACUGGAUGUACUAUGGGGAUGCCACAAAAACCAGAUGUUCCUGGGCACAGGAGCUUCUUCAAGAAUUCAAAUGCAAUGUGGACAUGCUGAAACAAGCAGUGAAAGAUCACAGCUCCGGUUCACCUACCAAAACCAUGCCCAACGUGUCCCAGCAAUAUGGAGUUGUAGGUUCAGAUUCCAGCAUUAAGGUCUCUUCACCCACAGCAUCUCUGGAGCUGCCUAAAUCAAAACUGAUGUCCAGUUCCUUUGUGGUUAGGUUGGCUGAUUUUAAUAUUUACCAGGUAUCCACAGCAGAUCAAUGUCGGUCGUCCCCUAAAACUAUGAUUUCCUGCAAUAAGAAGAGCUUGUAUCUUCCUCAGGAAAUGUCUGCGAUUCAUAUUGAAUUUACUGAAUAUUAUUUCCCAGAUGGAAAGAAUUUCCCCAUUCCAAAUUCCAACCUCUAUGUACAACUGAAUGCACUGCAAUUCACUGUGGAUGAAAGGAGUAUUCUGUGGCUAAACCAGUUUAUUCUAGACUUGAGGCAGAGUGUUGACCAGUUCAUGGCUAUGUACAAACUCAGUGACAGCUCCAAUGAUGAGCACAUCGACAUUCGGGUGGACGGUCUGAUGCUGAAGGUUAUCUUACCAUCACAGAAGAAGUUGGACUGUCACCAUGACCAGCCAACUGCUAUCAGCAUCCAGACUUCUGAAAUGAUUGCCAGCAACAUGAGGCAGUCCCCGAACUGUCGACGGUCAGACCUUGAAGCCAUAUUCCAGGACUUUAAAGACUACCCUUUCUUCUCCAAAUCAUUCACCUCCUUCCCUCGCUCAGAGGACAGCUAUGACCUCCUGCACCCCAUAUUUCAGAGGCAUGCAUUUGAACAGGACACAAAAAUGCAUGAUGUCUACAAAGGUUUUGUUGCACCAAAGCUGGACACCAAUGCGCUGAAAACAUCCUCCGCUAAAGACAUCUGGGCCAUACAUUUCACACAAUUCUGGGUCGACUAUGAAGGGAUUAAAAGUGGAAAAGGACGACCUGUAAAUUUUGUAGACUCCUUCCCCUUCUCCAUCUGGGUUUGCCAGCCCACACGGUUUGCUCAGUCUCAGAAACAGACUGUUUCCAACGGUGAUAAUUUAGUAAACCUUUCCAAAAGCGAAUCAACAGACUUUGCUGGUCGUCUGCAACGUAAAAAACUUUUAAAACAAUACUAUAGCACAGAUGUGGAUGGCCGGAGUCUGCCACUGCAGAAGUCCCAGUCCUUAGACAGUAGCUUAUCAGUCCCACCACCUGCAGAUCCACCCCAAGCAGAUAUUCAGGUCCUCGCUUAUAUUCAAAAACAUGUGAGUGCUCAAAUGAAUCACUACCAGUAUAUUUUCUUAUUGCUGCUGCAGGAAUCACUAAAGCAGGUCAUGGACAAUUUGCGGAAAGAUGUUGAGGCCGUGACUGGAAAAACCGGCUGAGGACACCAAACUGUCCAUCGGUCUGCUGCUAAAAAAUGCAGAGGUUUCUUUAUUAUUGCACCCUUUACCAGAGGAAAAUCCAUCCAACUGCCCUGUCUCCCAAGAAGGGAGCCCUAUUGUCGGAAACAAACGGACUUCUCCAGCAGAGAGUACACAAGAAGACAGCAUAUGUAACUCCACUGUUGACUUAAUCAUUGAUUCUGCCAGUGGUGACUCUGGGGCAAUUCUAGAACCUAAAAAGAUUGACUUGCCAGAUGUUGGCCUAUCAAAAUCACCCAGCAACGCUGAACCAAGGAUGGAAAGUUUGGAAGGAUCUGUUGAAGGGUCCUCUUUGAAGGUAGAGGAUGGAGUCUUGGGACAGCUGAUUAAUGUCAAUGGUCUUAAAGAAGAUGCCCAUUUAGAUGACGCCCACAAUAGCGAUGAUAACAUUUCCUGUUCAGUCAGCCACUUUGAAGAAAACCUUAUUAACCUUCAAGCCCCUGAUACAGAGCCUGUUUUAGAUCCACUUCUCAGUAUACAGUUCCCUGAGGCUCAGAAGAAACAAACUGACACAAGUGGAACCCCUAAGGAUCGCUGUCCGUCCAACCUGCCUACCUUCUCUGUUUCUUACAAGAACAUGAAGAGAAGCCCGUCCCAGUUCUCCCUGGACAAUAUCUCCAUAGACAGCAACCUGCUGGAAGACCACCUGGUGGAGAGCGAUGGGAGUGACCAUAUGGAGGCGGGACUGGAAGAUUUCUCUUCCUUGAACUAUCAGUCCACAGUGGACACAGCCAGCGUGGAACUGCGGAAUGAAGAGUACUGUGUUUCUUCACCAGACGUUGUCAGUGCUGCUGAUGAAAGCACUCAUGACUCUAGGCAAGAGCGGAUGUCCGUUGUAGUAUUUAAAAUAAGUGGAGUGAAUGGCGGAAUUGAUAUUAAGGGAGAGAAGAUGUCACCAUUUGCCUUCAAGUGAAUCAAGUGGUUCCAAAACAGCUUGGGAAUGUCAGUGUUUGGCAAUACCUCAACAACCGGAAUAUGAGUUCCGAUCAAAAGUCCUCAUCGUCUAUAGAAGAGAAAGAAAUGUCUCCGGAAAUCAGCCUGAGACUAGAGACUGGCCCUAGCGCUAAGCGCUAUUCUUUAUUAGCAGCAGAGAAUGGGUUCCUACAGUGCCAAGUGACGGAUUUUACCUCCGAGUUCCUCACCUCUACCCUGGCAAAUAUCCGCCAUUUUGUGGAAGACGACUCUGUGGCUGAAGUCAUGCCAAUGAAGAUUAAGGUUCAGAGAGUCCGGCUACAUUUACAGGAUGACAGUCCACGGAAUAACAACAGUGAGCAACAGCCAGAGCCCUUAAUGUUUAAUAUCGAGAAUCUCUUGAUAGAGCGAUAUGAUGAUGGAUCAUUUUGUAUCAAAGGUAAUCCAGAUGCAAGCACUAGCUCCACCUCAAAUAACAAAGAAUUGAACCAUAUAGGUUCCAUAAACUGUGAUAAUACCAAAAGUAUACAGCACAGAAGCAGCGCUACAAAAUGCACACAGACACUUUGUGAUAACCCUGUACAGACCGAACCACUAGAAAAGAAUAAAAGCUACAAUCGGAAAGCAAAAGCUGUUGGUACAGAAGAGCUCCUUGAUGAAAAUGAAUGUCUUAAACAAGAACUGGCCAAAACCAAGAUGGCUCUUGCUGAGGCUCACAUGGAAAGGGACAGCCUUCUUCAUCAAAUAAAGAGGUUUACCUUGGACAAGUAG